AUGCUGUCUCAAAUUCUUGAGCCAUUAGAAGAAGAUCUAGCAUUUCAAAAUCAAGCCAUCAAAAACAGAUUUGAUGUGCUUAAGGACUCCUGCGAAAUUGCAGCUUAUCAACUUAAUUUUUUAUCAUUCAUUAAACGUCGUUUAUACAAUGAACAACAAUCCUUUGCACUUGGUGAUAGACUAAAUGCUAAUCCAAUCAAGGCCAUUAUUUCAAUUAGAUUAGAACAAUGCGUCGAAAACAUUUUUAGAUUUUUAUUCACAAUAUACGAAGAUACCACACCUUAUAUAAUUUCUCAGUACUUUGAUAAAAUUAUAUUUGAAAUCAAUGGCAUCCAUAAAGAAUGGACACGAAAUGCAGAUACACUUGAAACGGAUUCAAUCGAAAUUGUUCUUCCAAAUGAUAUAUCAUUCCAUCUAGAAGUUUCUAUCAUACUUUAUCCUGAUUUCCCAGUUACCUACUACCAAGUUCCAGAAAAUUUAUUCCCAAUUGUUAAAAUGCAUCAAGCUACGUUAGCUUCUGUUAUACGUGCAGUUAGCUCUUAUGCUCUUGAAAACGAUUUAAUCAAAGAUGGAGUUCUUCAUUGCGAUAAAGGUUUAGGAAUUAAAAUUGAUUUGAAUGAAAUACCUUUGUCACAAGUUGCUUUGCAUAUUCGAUCUACGCUUGUUCCUAUUCAACCAAUGAACCUUAAUGUCCACUUAACUCCAGAAAUUUCAAAUCAUAAUUUCAAGGUAACUCUUCCGAAUUUUUCAUUGAUACCACGCUAUGUCGAAGACUUCCAUAUUGAGGAUAUCAAGACUGGCGUUCUCCAGUUCGCUGCUCAAAAGGAACUCGUUGAAAGUAUCGCGGCUGUUGCAAGGAACCCAAUAGAAGCAAUUGAAGCAGAAAUAAGUGGUCACUGCACUCAAUGCGAGUUAUCCGAUGAAAGUAACGACAACGGUCCUAAAGUUAGCAUUUCUCCAGCAAAUCCUGCAAGAAGAUCAUCUGUAUACUACUGGCAACAAUGGACUUCGGAUCAUAUUGCACGUUUCUUAGAAGAAAACAAGAUGAUUCAUGCAAGAUACGUCAAAGGCAAAUAA